AUGUCUACAUCUCAAUUGAGUCCGUGCACUAUGGCAGUGGCGCUGCUGUCUUUGACAAGCGCGUUGUGGCCAAGCGGAGCACUUGCGGGGAGCAGCAAUGGCAACAACGAGGGAUACAAGCUUGGAGAAGCCAUCCCAGUAUCGUGUCUGAAUCGCACAGUGGAAGGAGAACAUAUCACCGACAGUCUCGGUAAACUCCAAUAUGUCCCAUUCUACACUUGCAACGAGACCACCCGAUCUCUCUCCUUCCGCUAUGGCAUCUCCGAAACGAUCACAUGUACCAUCCCCUCCCUCUCCGAUGAGCUCUACCACCUGCUCGAGUUCUACGUCCACUCCGAUGUCCCUAUGACCUGCCGAGUGCCAACAGCACCACUGACAGUGUCCGCCGAGCCCCACGCAAGCAAAGAUGAGAAGUCCGGCGAAGCAGACACACUCUCUGCGCUCGCCGACAACGGUCCUCCCUUUACGCCGCUUACUAUCGCGUUGCAGGGAACGCUGCAGCGAAGCCAUCUCCACAUAUGGACGGAUAUGAAUGUGGUCAUGCACAACAUGGCCUCCGACGCGGCUGCAGAACAGAAAACAAACAAUGGCGCCCAGUCUGGGCAGCCAGGGUUCGCGGUUGGUGGAACUGCGUACUCGACCCCUGAGUUUGAUAACACUGGUAAAAUCACUAAGCUUGACGAAGACGAUGAACCCGUCGCUCUUGCUCAGGCAGCGCGCGAACCCUGGACUGCUGGACAUGGCACCAAGGUUGUGCGCGGAGAGCCUCUCACUUUCUCUUUCCACGUUGCGUGGUUAGAGGGUGGCGAUAGUAUUGGGUGGCCGGUGCGACCAGCCACCGAUUCUUGGCUGGCUUUGGCAACUGGAACAGGAAAGGGCUCUCGAUCUUUCUUCUCGAGAUUGGUGUUCUUUGUCAUGGCAGCCUCUGUUGGCGCUUUGGUGGCGCUGUAUUGGGAGCGCAAGGGUGGGCGUGCUCGGUCUCCUUGGCAUGGAGAUGGACUCUUGGGUGGCACUCCUUCUCGAGGAGGAAAUGGUCCUGGUGUCACUUUUGGCAACGGCGGGAAGGCCAAUGGAUAUGGCGGAUACGCUGGUAAUGGCAAUGGAAACGGGGCUGGUGGUGGCGGAUACUCCUUCCCGAGCGGUAAGAGAGAUUGA